AUGCCGUCACAUGCCCUGUUGGAGUUGACGUCGAGACAUAUUCAGAAGCCAGCCGUUGGCGAUCCUGUCGAGCUAGAUGCCGUCACAUGGUCUGUAGGAGUUGACGUCGAGACAUAUUCAGAAGCCGUUGGCGAUCCUGUCGAGCUAGAUGCCGUCACAUGGUCUGUAGGAGUUGACGUCGAGACAUAUUCAGAAGCCGUUGGCGAUCCUGUCGAGCUAGAUGCUGUCACAUGGUCUGUAGGAGUUGACGUCGAGACAUAUUCAGAAGCCGUUGGCGAUCCUGUCGAGCUAGAUGCCGUCACAUGGUCUGUAGGAGUUGACGUCGAGACAUAUUCAGAAGCCGUUGGCGAUCCUGUCGAGCUAGAUGCCGUCACAUGGUCUGUAGGAGUUGACGUCGAGACAUAUUCAGAAGCCGUUGGCGAUCCUGUCGAGCUAGAUGCCGUCACAUGGUCUGUAGGAGUUGACGUCGAGACAUAUUCAGAAGCCGUUGGCGAUGCUGUCGAGCUAGAUGCCGUCACAUGCCCUGUUGGAGUUGACGUCGAGACAUAUUCAGAAGCCGUUGGCGAUGCUGUAGAGCUAGAUGCCGUCACAUGCCCUGUUGGAGUUGACGUCGAGACAUAUUCAGAAGCCGUUGGCGAUGCUGUCGAGCUAGAUGCCGUCACAUGGUCUGUAGGAGUUGACGUCGAGACAUAUUCAGAAGCCGUUGGCGAUCCUGUCGAGCUAGAUGCCGUCACAUGGUCUGUAGGAGUUGACGUCGAGACAUAUUCAGAAGCCGUUGGCGAUGCUGUCGAGCUAGAUGCCGUCACAUGCCCUGUUGGAGUUGACGUCGAGACAUAUUCAGAAGCCGUUGGCGAUGCUGUCGAGCUAGAUGCCGUCACAUGGUCUGUAGGAGUUGACGUCGAGACAUAUUCAGAAGCCGUUGGCGAUGCUGUCGAGCUAGAUGCCGUCACAUGCCCUGUUGGAGUUGACGUCGAGACAUAUUCAGAAGCCGUUGGCGAUGCUGUAGAGCUAGAUGCCGUCACAUGGUCUGUAGGAGUUGACGUCGAGACAUAUUCAGAAGCCGUUGGCGAUGCUGUCGAGCUAGAUGCCGUCACAUGCCCUGUUGGAGUUGACGUCGAGACAUAUUCAGAAGCCGUUGGCGAUGCUGUAGAGCUAGAUGCCGUCACAUGGUCUGUAGGAGUUGACGUCGAGACAUAUUCAGAAGCCGUUGGCGAUGCUGUCGAGCUAGAUGCCGUCACAUGCCCUGUUGGAGUUGACGUCGAGACAUAUUCAGAAGCCGUUGGCGAUCCUGUCGAGCUAGAUGCCGUCACAUGGUCUGUAGGAGUUGACGUCGAGACAUAUUCAGAAGCCGUUGGCGAUGCUGUCGAGCUAGAUGCCGUCACAUGCCCUGUUGGAGUUGACGUCGAGACAUAUUCAGAAGCCGUUGGCGAUGCUGUAGAGCUAGAUGCCGUCACAUGGUCUGUAGGAGUUGACGUCGAGACAUAUUCAGAAGCCGUUGGCGAUCCUGUCGAGCUAGAUGCCGUCACAUGGUCUGUAGGAGUUGACGUCGAGACAUAUUCAGAAGCCGUUGGCGAUCCUGUCGAGCUAGAUGCCGUCACAUGGUCUGUAGGAGUUGACGUCGAGACAUAUUCAGAAGCCGUUGGCGAUCCUGUCGAGCUAGAUGCCGUCACAUGGUCUGUAGGAGUUGACGUCGAGACAUAUUCAGAAGCCGUUGGCGAUCCUGUCGAGCUAGAUGCCGUCACAUGCCCUGUUGGAGUUGACGUCGAGACAUAUUCAGAAGCCGUUGGCGAUGCUGUAGAGCUAGAUGCCGUCACAUGGUCUGUAGGAGUUGACGUCGAGACAUAUUCAGAAGCCGUUGGCGAUCCUGUCGAGCUAGAUGCCGUCACAUGGUCUGUAGGAGUUGACGUCGAGACAUAUUCAGAAGCCGUUGGCGAUCCUGUCGAGCUAGAUGCCGUCACAUGGUCUGUAGGAGUUGACGUCGAGACAUAUUCAGAAGCCGUUGGCGAUCCUGUCGAGCUAGAUGCCGUCACAUGGUCUGUAGGAGUUGACGUCGAGACAUAUUCAGAAGCCGUUGGCGAUCCUGUCGAGCUAGAUGCCGUCACAUGCCCUGUUGGAGUUGACGUCGAGACAUAUUCAGAAGCCGUUGGCGAUGCUGUCGAGCUAGAUGCCGUCACAUGCCCUGUUGGAGUUGACGUCGAGACAUAUUCAGAAGCCGUUGGCGAUGCUGUCGAGCUAGAUGCCGUCACAUGCCCUGUUGGAGUUGACGUCGAGACAUAUUCAAAAGCCGUUGGCGAUGCUGUCGAGCUAGAUGCCGUCACAUGCCCUGUUGGAGUUGACGUCGAGACAUAUUCAGAAGCCGUUGGCGAUGCUGUAGAGCUAGAUGCCGUCACAUGGUCUGUAGGAGUUGACGUCGAGACAUAUUCAGAAGCCGUUGGCGAUGCUGUAGAGCUAGAUGCCGUCACAUGGUCUGUAGGAGUUGACGUCGAGACAUAUUCAGAAGCCGUUGGCGAUCCUGUCGAGCUAGAUGCCGUCACAUGGUCUGUAGGAGUUGACGUCGAGACAUAUUCAGAAGCCGUUGGCGAUCCUGUCGAGCUAGAUGCCGUCACAUGGUCUGUAGGAGUUGACGUCGAGACAUAUUCAGAAGCCGUUGGCGAUCCUGUCGAGCUAGAUGCCGUCACAUGGUCUGUAGGAGUUGACGUCGAGACAUAUUCAGAAGCCGUUGGCGAUCCUGUCGAGCUAGAUGCCGUCACAUGGUCUGUAGGAGUUGACGUCGAGACAUAUUCAGAAGCCGUUGGCGAUGCUGUCGAGCUAGAUGCCGUCACAUGGUCUGUAGGAGUUGACGUCGAGACAUAUUCAGAAGCCGUUGGCGAUCCUGUCGAGCUAGAUGCCGUCACAUGGUCUGUAGGAGUUGACGUCGAGACAUAUUCAGAAGCCGUUGGCGAUGCUGUCGAGCUAGAUGCCGUCACAUGGUCUGUAGGAGUUGACGUCGAGACAUAUUCAGAAGCCGUUGGCGAUGCUGUCGAGCUAGAUGCCGUCACAUGCCCUGUUGGAGUUGACGUCGAGACAUAUUCAGAAGCCGUUGGCGAUGCUGUCGAGCUAGAUGCCGUCACAUGCCCUGUUGGAGUUGACGUCGAGACAUAUUCAGAAGCCGUUGGCGAUGCUGUCGAGCUAGAUGCCGUCACAUGCCCUGUUGGAGUUGACGUCGAGACAUAUUCAGAAGCCGUUGGCGAUCCUGUCGAGCUAGAUGCCGUCACAUGCCCUGUUGGAGUUGACGUCGAGACAUAUUCAGAAGCCGUUGGCGAUCCUGUCGAGCUAGAUGCCGUCACAUGCCCUGUUGGAGUUGACGUCGAGACAUAUUCAGAAGCCGUUGGCGAUCCUGUCGAGCUAGAUGCCGUCACAUGGUCUGUAGGAGUUGACGUCGAGACAUAUUCAGAAGCCGUUGGCGAUGCUGUCGAGCUAGAUGCCGUCACAUGGUCUGUAGGAGUUGACGUCGAGACAUAUUCAGAAGCCGUUGGCGAUCCUGUCGAGCUAGAUGCCGUCACAUGGUCUGUAGGAGUUGACGUCGAGACAUAUUCAGAAGCCGUUGGCGAUGCUGUCGAGCUAGAUGCCGUCACAUGGUCUGUAGGAGUUGACGUCGAGACAUAUUCAGAAGCCGUUGGCGAUGCUGUCGAGCUAGAUGCCGUCACAUGCCCUGUUGGAGUUGACGUCGAGACAUAUUCAGAAGCCGUUGGCGAUGCUGUCGAGCUAGAUGCCGUCACAUGCCCUGUUGGAGUUGACGUCGAGACAUAUUCAGAAGCCGUUGGCGAUGCUGUCGAGCUAGAUGCCGUCACAUGCCCUGUUGGAGUUGACGUCGAGACAUAUUCAGAAGCCGUUGGCGAUCCUGUCGAGCUAGAUGCCGUCACAUGGUCUGUAGGAGUUGACGUCGAGACAUAUUCAGAAGCCGUUGGCGAUGCUGUCGAGCUAGAUGCCGUCACAUGCCCUGUUGGAGUUGACGUCGAGACAUAUUCAGAAGCCGUUGGCGAUGCUGUCGAGCUAGAUGCCGUCACAUGGUCUGUAGGAGUUGACGUCGAGACAUAUUCAGAAGCCGUUGGCGAUGCUGUUGAGCCAGAUGCCGUCCGAGUCUUUGUUGUCGUCGUU